AUGUGCCUAGUUGUGUUUCUCUGCUCCCUCUGCUCGCCGCGCUCUCUCACCAAGCCAAAGCCGACGGCAGACUCUGCUGCGCUCGCAAACGCGCGAGCUCUCGCCGCCAAGCUCGCGGCGUCAAAAGUGGCUGCGGCUCAAACUGCACCCGCCGCUGCGCCUUCUGCACCCGCCGCUGCGCCUUCUGCACCCGCCGCUGCGCCUUCUGCACCCGCCGGCAGCGACGACGACGACGACGACAGGGAUCUCAGCUCGUACGACCUUUCUGCGGGCGGCGGCGGCAGCCGCGAUGGGAGCCCUUGCCACCCGGCUAAGCCUGCCGAGGCGCCGGCCGGGUGGCCCGAGGUGGGCGAGCGAGUGCGGGCGCGCUAUUCGGCACACAGCGUCACCUUCCGGCCCGCGAGGGUGGUGGCGCUCGACGCUCGCGCCGGGACGGUCGCGCUGCGGUUCGAGGGCUGGGGCGACGUGGUGGACACGCCGCUCGGCCGUGUGGAGCCCCUCUCGGGAGCAUCCGAGCAGCUUCCCGGCCGCGAGAGCCCGACGUACGCCGACUACGGCGACGAGCGCGCGCUGGUGGCGGAGCACCAGCAGCAUCGCCACGAAGGCGCGCAGCCAGAGGACCGCGGCCGGGCCCUCCUCAAGGGGAUGGGGUGGGUGCCGGGCACUGCCCUCGGCGCGAGAGGCGCGGCGGCGGGCGAGCGCGCGGAGCGGCCGGUGGCGGAGACGUUGCCGAUGCAGACCGACCGCCGAGGGCUGGGCGCGGGCGGCGGCUCGGGCACAAAGCGGCGGCGCGAGGGCGUGAGGUGA